AUGUCGAGUAACAAUCCAUUAUACGGACGAGUACCAACGCGGACAAGGCAUAAUCGUAUUGCUAUGGAGAAUAAUUUAGAGCGUAAUGAAAAUUGUGGUAAAAUUUCUUCUAUUCAAGGAGAAUGGAUAUCACCUAUAUCGCCUAUAAUUGAAGGAGAAUGUGAAUCAGUUCCGAAAAAUCACGGCGAUCAAAAGAAAGAAUAUAGAAGAGUAACGAAAUUACCGAAAUCAGGUGAUUUCGUGGCAAAAGAAAAUGGAUCCAUUGCCAAAUCACCGCAUCGAAUGUCUUCGACAAGUUUGGCAGUGGAAGAUAAUGAAGAAGGACGAAUGUCACCUAUAUCGCCUAUAAUUGAACGAUUUAAUUCAAAGACAUCGCAAUAUCGUUCAUUUAAUAUGAAAAAGAUGAGUGAACGUAAUCAAAAAGUUCUGGAGCAGUUGGCCAAUCUUCGUCUUCAGCUUAAGCAAAAACAACAACAAAUGGAGCAAAAUCUUAAUAUUGCUAGUGGAUUGCCGAUUCGGCGAAUUCGAACGCCAACUAAUGAUAAAUCAUCCGAUGAAGUUAUCGCAACAAUUUAG